GGAGCGGAGUGCGCCUGCGCGGAGCCGGCAGUCCCGCUGGGCCGCAGCCGCGGGGUGGCGGGCGGUUGCCUUGGGGACCGCGGGCCCCUCCCUCCUCGGUCCCCGCCCCACGCCGUUCGCCACCGCGACGCGGCGGACGACCCCGGCCCUCCCCUCCCCUCCCGCCGCCCGGCCGGCGCUGCAGCCGUGACCCGCGAGAGGCGGCGCCGCUCCCAAGAUGUCGCAGACGGCCAUGUCCGAGACCUACGAUUUCUUGUUUAAGUUCCUGGUUAUUGGAAAUGCAGGAACUGGCAAGUCGUGCCUGCUUCAUCAGUUUAUUGAAAAAAAAUUCAAAGACGACUCCAAUCAUACCAUAGGGGUGGAAUUUGGUUCGAAGAUAAUAAAUGUCGGUGGUAAAUACGUGAAGUUGCAGAUAUGGGAUACAGCCGGCCAAGAGCGAUUCAGGUCCGUGACCAGAAGCUACUACCGCGGCGCCGCCGGGGCCCUGCUCGUCUAUGACAUCACCAGCCGAGAAACCUACAAUGCGCUUACUAAUUGGUUAACAGAUGCCAGAAUGCUCGCCAGCCAGAACAUCGUCAUCAUCCUCUGCGGGAACAAGAAGGACCUGGACGCGGACCGGGAAGUGACCUUCUUAGAAGCCUCCAGAUUCGCUCAAGAAAAUGAGCUGAUGUUUUUGGAAACGAGUGCGCUGACGGGGGAGAACGUGGAAGAGGCCUUUGUUCAGUGCGCGAGGAAAAUACUUAACAAAAUCGAAUCAGGUGUUCGAACAGUGAUAUUUGGAAACAAUUGUUGGAGCUUGAAGAAGUGUGUGUUUUUUUUACCACCAUCCUUUUCUACUUUAUGCAGAAGUAGAUCUUUGUGCGGAAAAGAGAGAAAUGAUUGGGUGUUACCUUAGCCUGUAAAGUACACAGCAAACCACGUGGUAAAUCGAAUUCAAUGGACAGUGCCAUUGAUGUGUACAUGUAUGUAACUGUCCUGUUCCAUGGCUUCCCUUCCCCUGGGGUGAACCCUGGCUCUAUACUGUAUAUACCCGAGCCCCCGUGUCCCUGCAGCAUGGUAUCUCAUGUAUGAUAUAAUAGAAUGUUACACUAAAUGCGGUCCAAUAUUUUAUUUUUUGUAAUCAUAUGACCUAAAGCCUGCUGGUGUGAGGUGCUUGGCCAUCACGCUGGCUGUGUCCCGUGGUGGGUGAUGUUCACGACCUGCUCGACAGAGCCGGUGAGUUCCAUUUGCCGCGGUCCACGGGGCGUCACGUGGCCUCGCUGGGAGCGCUGCUCAGUGGUUACUCACGCACCGAAUAAAGUCCAAGUGGAGUUUUCCUACGAACCCGACUGUCCCGCACUCUGAUUUGAAAGCAUCUCAUCCGGACCCAGAAGGGAGGCCGAGUCCCUGCUGUUCUGGGCACUGUGGCCCCACCCCGGACCCGGCCCUUCACCAGACACGUCUGCUCAGCGGAGGGUGAUGGACGGCUGCCCCUGGGCCCCGGGCCCCGGUCCUCCUGCCGGACACCACCCUUGGCUGCUGUGCUUCGCCGGGACUCGGAUUCGGCGCUCGGGCCUCACUGCCGCUCUCCAAGCCCGUUCCUGUCCCGGUUCCGUGUCAGGAAACCACUCCAUCGAGUUGAUAUUAAAGGGUUACCACUGAGAAACUC